AUGGUCACCGGAGGAGUUUGCGCCGUCCUCGACUAUGAGGUUGAGCACAUGGCCGAGUUCGUUGCCGACAUGGCCUCGAGUGUUGCCGUUCCCAACUCGGUCGCCUCUUCGUCAUUCCGAAAAUUCGUCACGGGCAUUCUUUCAUCCACUCGUCUGCCCAAGAGCACCAUUCUUCUCGGCAUGAACUACCUCGCCAAGCGAGUGAAUACUCAGAAACAGAAGAACGUCUUUCGGGUCAACGAUGGCGAUAUUUGGCGUAUGCUUACCACUGCGCUCAUCUUGGCUAGCAAGUUCCUUGACGACAACACGUUUCAGAACAAGUCCUGGGCUGAAGUGAGCGGCAUCGCCGUCACGGAGCUCAACCUUCUGGAGAGGGAGUGGCUACAGGAGUGCAGUUUCAGCCUGUUCGUUAACCUCGAUUACAGCAGAGACUACACUGCCUGGAUCAAGAGCUGGGAGGAGUGGUGCGUGCUGAAGGAGCAGACCCUUGCUCGCGCGGCGCGUGAGAGACAGACGUCUAUCGUGCCUGCCAUCGACACGGAUGUUGCUCGUUAUGGAGGCCGUCUACCUUACGGCUCCUGGAUGCAGCAGCAGGCUGCCGAGUACGAACGCUAUCAAUCCAUCAAGCGCGGCGACGCGGCCCACUCGCAAGCAUACCGUGUGCCUGCCAUCGACUGGCCAGCUUCUGGCCCGGGGAUGGCCUGGCAUAGUGCACCUCUCACACCGCCUGACUCGGGGUAUGGCACACCCGAGUACCUCAGCUCGGCCUCUUCGGUCAACGCCCGCUACAACGAGUGGUUCUCCUCUGCAGCCGUCAAUGGCCAGUGGAAUAGUCGGUUCCAGCCGUCCGUGCCGUCGAACUACUUCGCCCAUCGCCACGGAGCGUAUGGCCAGACUUACGGCUAUGGCCAGACCAUGUGGGAGCAUGGUAUUGCCGAGUGUAGCUGCGCCAGCUGCAUCAUCGACCCCGUCAAGCACCAGGGCUACUUUGGGCAGACCGUUGUGGGCUAG